UGUGUCCUCUGGGUUGUAGCUCCCCUGCUCCUGCACUGGUCCCUCUGAACCAUCUCGGCGGAGCCUCUUGCACGAUUCAGGGCAGACUGAGAAAGACGUGCAUCCUUUCACCAGUUACUCACUGCGGAUCCUCUGAAAGAGAUUCAAAUAAUCAAAGUUUCAAGAUGUCCUCCAACAAGACGCUUCAGUCUGGUGUUCGUCCCACUCAGGCCAUCAAAGACACAACCAAACGAAGAACAGGUCUACUAAAAGACAACAGCUGGAUUAAAAGAGACAUGGAGGAAGACGAACCAGUGGAUGUGGAUCCUAACUAUGGCAGAGGCGUCCUUCUCAAAACUCAGAACAACAGUCAAAGCAAGCCGGCAGAGGCCACCCUGACCAACCCAGUGUCCCCAAGUGCCUCGGUCAACUCCCUCACUAAGAAGCCUACUGCAACUCCAAAGAGCUCUGUGACUGUUGCCACCAGUCCGACUCCCACCACCCCAAAGAAACCUCCAGUCCCUGCCAAGAAUCCCACGCUUAUGACGACCUCUAAAAGUUUUACAGCUCGAGUGUUCUCAGGUGCCAAUUCAAGCGAGAAAGCAUUAACUCCUGUUAAAAUAUCCAUGGAUGAGAAGUCUCCAGUGUCAAAGGAGCCUCCUAAAGAUUUCACCAAUGGUAACAACAGUGCUCCUCUAUCACCAGCACCGUCAACUAAAGCUGUUACUUCUCCAAUCACUAAGAGUGAAAUCAAACCCUCUACACCACAAUCUACUACAGUAACCGUAACCAGCAAUGCUGCAUCAAAAUCUACUACAACUAUUACAUCAACAACAAAAUCACCUACCCCUGACCCAGCUGCAAGCAGUGGUAAAGCUCCCAGUAAUGCGCUGGACAAACCUGCUGAUCUAUUGAUUCCUACAGUGUCUCCCACUGUGCACACAAACCCUGUCAGCUCAAAAAGUCCUUCUGAUACUCCCAGCUAUAAUUCAUCUCAGCUGGCAAACACUGCCAGCCCAAAAAUCCUGUCUGAUUCUCCGGGCUAUAUUUCAUCUCAGCCAGCAUACAAUACCAGUACAGCGCUCAGAACAAGUGCCAAACAGAGUCCAACGACAUCCCAAACUCUGCCUUCACUUUCUGUGAAUUCACCACCACUCACACAGCUGUCAACCAGGAUUGUGGGCAAAAGAGAUCUCUGCUCAUUCUGUGGUAAAAACAUUUCUGGAGGAGAGCGGAUGAUUUUGGAUGACCUUCAGAUCUUCAGUCACACAUCCUGCUUCAAGUGUGAGCUGUGCUAUCGUUCUCUGGGGAGUCUGGAGGCAGGCGCCACUCUGUGGGUGCACAGAGAAAAGAUAAACUGCGAAAACUGCUACAAGAAGACCAAAGAUCAGUGGUUUCACUGAAGAUAUGGAGACAGUGUUGGUCACUACAAAAAAAGAAAGCAACAUACCGAACUGCUGGAUCCAAAAACAUUGAAUAUAUUUGGUAGCAAGUAUGUGGUGUUUUUCUUUGACGUGUUUACAAGGGGAAAAGGAUAUAACGAGAUUUGUGCUGGAAGUCAUGGUUGUAAGAAAUGAAUGAUUAUGAGCAUUAGAAAAAAAAGAUACGUGUGGUUUACUUUCUCUAAUAUUUCAUAUGAUGUAAACACAACUUGCAAAAAAGUGUCUAUAGUAGAUGUUUUACAGUGGUGUAAUAAAGGACUUCUUCCAUGUGUAAAAAGCUUUUAUUUGGUCCUGUUGAAAUCUCAAAUGAACCUAUGGAUUUAUGAAUGUGCUGUCCUGGAUCUUUACUUUCCUUUACAGUUGUUGUGCCAUGAAACCAGCAGAGCUCCAGCACAGGGCAAUUGAUGUUUGCUCUAAUGGACAUUACUGAAGCCUUUCGAGAUCUACAAUGAAACACUCAAAAAUAACGCAGAAUACUUCACAGAAAUGUAAUGUACGGAAAACAGGAUGAGCCUUCAUGAAUGGGAAGUUUUCUAUUUUUGACCUGAAACGAAAAAAAGAAACUUAGCCUUCAAAACUUGACUAAGGUUUCUACGAUAUGUUACAUCUAAAUUGUAAUGAAUCAUAUAAAACACACAUAUAAAACAUAUAGAAACCCACUGUAUGUGUAUGUAGUCUGCUCUACGUGUAAGAGCGUGGUGUUUUUAACGACUUGCUCAACUUUUUAAUUCAACUUCAUGACUUUGUAUGCAGACAUGAAUAAUAAAAACAUAAAAAAACUGA